UGUGUGCAAACGAGUUUGCGUCAGUGCUCUGGAUGUCCAGCAUCAAUCCAUUUCUUACACUUUUACAUACCCGAGAAUCUUCUCUGAAUUUACGCUGUUUUCUCGUAGAUUUUUGGACAUAAGACUUGGCCAAAGAUACAUAUUUAUCUGAGACUUGAAAAUAAGCUGUAGGUUAUUCUAGAUUCUUGCGAGGACAGAAUACCAAUAGCCUACCUGAGAACACCUGAGGAAAAAAAGUCCUCUACACACAAGAGGGCACAGAAAAGAGACAUGGAUAAUUGGAGUCAGCUUCAAUCAGCAAACUCCAUUGACGUCAACCUUGGUCACUCACACAAUCACCAUGCCAAGCCAUCAGACUUUGAAAUCCUGGCUAUAAUUGGGAAAGGAACAUUUGGGAAGGUUCUUCUUGCCAAACUGAAAUCCGACAACAAGUUCUAUGCUGUGAAAGUGCUGCAGAAAAAAAUCAUACUGAGGAAAAAAGAGCAAAAGAACAUCAUGGCAGAGAGGAAUGUGCUGCUCAAGAGUAUGAAACAUCCCUUCCUGGUGGGGCUCCACUACUCGUUCCAGACACCAGAGAAGCUCUACUUUGUCAUGGAUUACGUCAAUGGAGGAGAGCUUUUCUAUCACCUUCAGAGAGAGCACUGCUUCUCAGAGCCAAGGGCUCGCUUCUACACGGCUGAGUUGGCCAGUGCCAUCGGCUACUUACACUCGCACAACAUUGUUUACAGAGACUUGAAGCCUGAAAAUGUACUGUUAGACUCUGAGGGCCAUGUUGUGUUGACUGACUUUGGCUUGUGUAAAGAGGGGAUAGACCCGGAGUCCACCACCUCCACUUUCUGUGGAACCCCAGAGUAUUUGGCUCCGGAGGUGUUGAAACAGCAGCCCUAUGACCACACGGUAGACUGGUGGUGUCUGGGAACUGUACUUUAUGAGAUGAUAUAUGGGCUGCCCCCCUUCUAUAGCCAGGAUAUGUCUGAGAUGUACGACAACAUCCUCCACAGGCCCUUGAGUGUGCCAGGGGGGGCCAGCUCUGUGGCGUGUGACCUGCUGAUGGGCCUCCUACAGAAAGACCAGCAUCGCAGGCUGGGUGCUAUCGCAGACUUCCUCGAAGUUAAAAACCAUACUUUUUUCUCGCCGAUAAACUGGGAUGACCUUUACCAUCGGAGAAUCAAACCUCCGUACAACCCCAACGUGAAUGGCCCAGCAGACAUGCAGCAUAUUGAUCCAGAAUUCACCAAAGAGAUGGUGUCAGGCUCUGUGGGGGUUACCCCUGAAUUCUCCAACUUAUCAACCAACAGCCCAAAUGCUUUCACUGGCUUCUCCUAUGUCUCCAGUGAUGACAACUUCCUCUAGGACAUUCAGAUUCUACAUUUGCUGCCACCCAAAAGAACCAAACUUCUCCCGCCCACUUUGUUCAAAUGCACCCCUAAUGCAUUGGCCCUUCGAUUACUUUGUAAUUGUAUUUGUAAAGCUAUUAUUGUAUCUCAUGCAGAAAUGAACAAUGCAAAUAAAGACAAAAAAAAUGCAAAUAG